AUGAAAGCGAAAUCACCAAUGAAACUGCUUGAAAUCGCAUGCAAUGACGGUAGUCAGUUGAAUGAGUUUCUUAAACGUGGAUGGAAAACUGUAGGUAUUGAUCCAGCCAAGAAUCUAGCCGAUAUUACAAGUGCAUCGGGUCAUACUGUUUACACUGGUUUCCGGGGUAUUGAGACGUUUCCUAGUGUAUCUUUGUUGAAGUCGGUGGAUGUGAUUAUUGCACAAAAUGUACUUGCUUAUGUAGACACUCCAAUACAGUUUCUUCAUGCCUGUGCUGAUAUUAUGAGUGUUCAAACUAAAUUGUAUAUUGAGACAUCUAAAUGUGAAAUGUAG